AUGGAAAAUACCACGAAUCGUAAUACUGCAGGCGUUCUUACGAGCAGCAAUGGUAACUUUGCCACCAAUAGUGUAGCGGCAUCAACUCCGAAGAGGUCCAAAAGUGCUCGAAGGAAAACGUUCAAAUGCACCGGAUAUGACGGUUGUACGAUGUCCUUCACUAGAGCGGAACAUCUUGCACGUCAUAUAAGAAAGCACACUGGUGAAAAGCCGUUCCAGUGUCCUGCAUGUUUGAAAUUCUUCAGUAGAGUUGAUAAUUUGAAACAGCAUCGGGAAUCGGUCCAUGCACAUAAAAACCACCAUUCUACCAGCUCGCACCAGCGUAAGCCUUCCUCUUCAUCUUUAUCCUCCUCUUCUUCUGCAUCUUCUUCGUCUUCUGCUUCAUCAUCUACAUCAUAUAGUGAUCCUUACAGGAAAACUAAUAUUAAUAGCGGGAACAUGCCGAUGAUGGCAGAAAACGAAAAAGCGCCCCAAAUAAUACAUUCUUCGCCGGAGUUCAUUACUAGCACGAGAAGCAUCCCACCCAUCUCUCCAAGGUCCAUUUAUAAUACCCAACGACAGCAACAACACCAACAACAACAGCAUCAACAGGCUCCCUAUUAUUUUCCUUCCCAUCCAAUCACUGAUAGUUACUACCAGUAUCCUCUUCCCAGUAAUAAUAACACCAUCAAUUAUUUACCAUCAGUAGAUGUGCAGUAUCCUUUGAAUGUGAGCCCCUCCUCAACGAGCCAUCCGGCCUCUGAGGUAAUCAUAUCGUCCUUUCCUCCGAGGUCCAUGCCAAGUACUUCCUUCAAAUAUAAAGAUUCUGCCGACUUUCAAGCACGGACAACUAUGAACAAAUACAAUAUUAGACCAAGCAAUAUCAAUGUCAAUACUAGUAAUAUCAAUAACCAUCUUGAUUCAUUCUCCCCGCCGUUUUCUCCGUCAACGACAGUUGCUGAAGCAAAACCAAUUAUUUUACCACAGUAUCAGCAGGCAUUUAGCCAACCACCAAAUGGAAAUAAAAACAAUAAUAUGUCUUCCUCGAAGAAUGGCGGCAAAGGGGGAGAAAAUUUCAAGAAUACUGAUGAUCGCAAUGAUAAUAAUAACAAAAAGAGGUCGGAAACUUUAUCAGAGUCUGAUAUUUCGGUCAACACCAAUAAGAAAAGGCUUAGUGUUGAUUACAUAUUGACUUGA